CGUCACUAUCUGUCACGGGGCAGCGAAAAAACAUAGUUGUAGACAAUUUUUAAUCUGUGUUAAUCGCGUUUAAAAUUGUGUUAAAAAAUUAUAAACUGCUUAUAAUUAGAUCAUUCAUACAACAAUGGCGCCGAAAUCCAGAACAGUUGGUGUUCCACCAAAAUCACAGACCUUUAAAGACAAGUCAAAGCCAACCGAUGUGAGGCUGUCCAAUAUACAGGCGGCAAAGGCUGUUUCCGAUGCCAUUCGUACCAGCUUGGGUCCUCGCGGCAUGGACAAAAUGAUUCAGGCUGGCAAUGGCGAAGUAUCCAUUACCAAUGAUGGUGCGACCAUUUUGAAGCAGAUGAAUGUGUUGCAUCCCGCUGCAAAAAUGUUGGUUGAGCUGUCCCGUGCCCAGGAUGUUGAGGCCGGCGAUGGCACCACUUCUGUUGUGGUCAUUGCCGGUGCCCUGUUGGAGGCAUGUGAGAAGCUGCUGCAGAAAGGUUUGCAUCCCACUGCCAUUUCGGAUUCCUUCCAACGUUGCUCGAACAAAGCUGUGGAGAUUCUCACUCAAAUGUCGACUCCCAUUGAACUCAAGGAUCGCGAAACUUUGAUCAAGAGUGCUUCCACAUCGCUCAACUCUAAAGUUGUCUCCCAGCAGAGCAGCUUGCUCGCUCCCAUUGCUGUGGACGCAGUGCUAAAAGUCACCGAACCAGGCAAAGAGGCAUCGGUGGAUCUAAAGAACAUUAAGGUUAUUCAGAGCUUGGGCGGCACUGUUGAAGAUACGGAACUGGUCCAGGGCUUGGUCUUCACCAGCCGCUCGGCCGGCACCAAUGCACCCAAACGCAUUGAGAAGGCAAAGAUUGGUCUCAUUCAAUUCUGUAUUUCGGCACCAAAAACCGACAUGGAUCACAAUGUGAUUGUUAGCGAUUAUGCAGCCAUGGAUCGCGUACUCAAGGAGGAGCGCUCCUAUAUUUUGAACAUCGUAAAGCAGAUCAAGAAGGCGGGCUGCAAUGUCCUCCUCGUACAGAAGUCCAUAUUGCGUGAUGCCGUCUCGGAUCUGGCUCAGCAUUUCCUUGACAAGAUCAAGUGCUUGGUUGUCAAGGACGUGGAACGCGAGGACAUUGAGUUUGUAUGCAAAUCAUUGCAUUGUCGUCCAAUUGCCUCGCUGGAUCAUUUCACGGCUGAGAAUUUGUCGAGCGCAGAUCUCGUCGAGGAAGUUGCCAGUGGCACCAACAAGUUUGUCAAGAUCACGGGCAUUCAAAAUCAAGGACGCACCGUUUCCAUUAUCUGCCGUGGCUCCAAUAAGCUCGUUCUAGAGGAGGCUGCACGCUCGUUGCACGAUGCUUUGUGUGUGGUGCGUUGCUUGGUCAAGAAGCGUGCUCAGAUUGUGGGCGGCGGUGCCCCUGAAAUAGAGAUGGCAUUGCAGCUGGCUGCACUGGCUCAAACCGUCGAAGGUGUGGAUGCAUAUUGCUAUCGUGCCUUUGCGGAUGCCCUGGAGGUGAUUCCAUCAACUUUGGCCGAGAAUGCAGGCUUGAAUCCAAUUGCUACGGUGACUGAGCUGCGCAACCGCCAUGCUCAGGGCGAAAAGACAGCCGGCAUCAAUGUGCGCAAGGGCGCCAUCACCGACAUUCUGGCAGAGAAUGUGGUGCAGCCGCUUCUGGUGAGCACAUCGGCCAUUACACUGGCCACCGAGACCAUACGCUCCAUACUGAAGAUUGAUGAUAUUAUCAACACGAUGAGCUAAGCAGUUUGGCUUUGCCAGCAACUCUUAUUUGCAUUUUCAUUUAACACACACACACAUAUACCUACGCACACACACGUAUAUGAUAAAGAAACACACACACCAUCCAUAUCGUUUCCAUUUUGCGGCAUCUGGCUCGCCUUUAUAAUGAAUAAAAUUCACAUAAUAUACACUACAAGUUAAUAUGUAUUUAACAUUUAAAUAAA